CGGUCGGGGUUAGGCUCAAGCUCAAGCUCAAGCUCAAGGCUGGAGUCGGAAGAGUGGAGUUUGGAGGUCGAUAUCGAAGCAGAGGCGGGAUGUGGUGAUGGCACAGGUGGAAUCAGUGUCAUGUAUCCAUCUAGUGACGAUGGAAUGCCACCGCUUCUUGUACCGGCUCAAUCUCAGACUCCGAGUCUAACGAACUUCCGAUAUGGGAGCCUAGUCCCAGCACCGCUUCGCAUACAUCGACCUCAGGAGAUGGAGAGUCAGGCAACUCCGCACCACUCGAGACAAGUUCAAGCUCCGACAACCCCUGACGGCAGGGAGCAUCAGGCAUCACGAACCAGCUCCCACCCACAUCCACUCCAAAGUCAUCCUCUUGAUGAUACCAUUUCGUCGGACGGUCACCAUCUGGCAUCAAAGGAAGCAGGAAGCACACAGGAAGAUUCAGAUAUGCAUCAGAAUCCGCCAUUUCAAAAUUCUAUCCCAGCUCACCAUCACGUACUUCAACCUCUAGCUCCGAGACGUCGCUACAACGACUCAAUCAUCGGUCAUUAUAUGUUGGCGACUCACACC